UUAUAAUGGGAAGAAAGAAGAUUUCAAUUACUAAAAUUGAAGAUAAGCAAUAGAGGAAUGUAUGUUGUUGGAUAUAUGAUAGAUUACAUUUCAUAAAAGGAAGAUAGGAUUACUAAAGAAAGCAUAUGAGUUAGCUUCUUUAUGUGGUGUUUAAGUUUAUAUGGUAUUCAAUGAUCUAUGUAUGAAAUGGUUUAUAUUUUAAUAUUUUAGAAGGAAAUGCAAUUCAUUUUAGAACAGAAGAAAUAAAUUAAAUAGAAAAUAAUGAUAAAAAGAAAUAUUUAUUGACUCCAAAAGAUGUAAAAUAUUUAAUUCUAACAUCAGUACCCAAAAUUUGUUACUAGAUCAAAGAAUAAAGUAAAUGCUCAAUUAAGAGAUUUACCUAUAACACCGUUAAAAUUAGUCACAGAUAUUAUGAUAACUGAUGAGCCAUUAAUUUCUCGUUAUUCAGUUCUUAGUAGACAGUUUUUCCCAAUACCUUAGCCAAAGACUAAUAGAACUAUAAUUGAGAAUAAUACAUGA